AAUGACCAGGGUAUAAAUAAGGCUGCGCGCAACGAAUAGUCAUUUUUCCAAAAUCAAAGGAAAGAAACUAACGUGUUUUUUCUAACUCUUCUUACCAUUGAUAAACUACUAUUCUUCCUUAUUCCAGACUCUCCUUACCAUUGAUAAACUACUAUUCUUCCUUAUUCCAGACUCUCCUUAUAACAUGAGUGGAUUAUUUCACAGAAAUGUAUUGGUGGCAGCAGCGGUAUGCUGCUCUGUGCUGGUCCGGUCUGUCCUGGGGUCCCCGGUGUUAGCGCAAGAGCCGAUCCGAUGCGCCCCGUGCUCACCGGAGAAGCUGAGCGAGUGUCCAGCGGUGGCGCCCGGCUGUGCGGAGGUUCUGCGGGAGCCUGGUUGUGGAUGCUGCCUCGCUUGCGCCCUGAAGACGGGGGAUCUGUGCGGAAUCUACACGGCGCCAUGCGGGUCCGGACUGAGGUGCACCCCGAGACCCGGCGACCUCCGGCCGCUGCACUCCCUCACUCGCGGCCAGGCUGUAUGCACGGAGAUCCCCGAGCCCGAGAGGAGCCCUGUGUCCCAAAACCCCGACCAAGGAGCGGCGGACAAUGCCGAGACAGAGAACGCUGCCAUGGUAUCAGACCCCGGCUCCAGCCUCUAUCUCCACGGCCACCGCAAGCCCUUCGAUCCCCGGGCCGCCGCGGACGCGCUGGAGAGCAUGAAAGCCAAAGUUAACGCAAUCCGAAAGAAAUUGGUGGAGCAGGGUCCUUGUCAUGUGGAGUUACAGAGAGCUCUGGAGAAGAUCGCUAAGUCACAACAGAAGCUAGGAGACAAACUGAUCAGGUUCUAUCUGCCAAACUGUGACAAACACGGACUCUACAAAGCCAAACAGUGUGAGUCAUCUCUUGAUGGACAGAAAGGCAGGUGUUGGUGUGUGUCCUUCUGGAACGGAAAGAAGAUUCUGGGAUCCACUGAUCUGGAGGGAAAUGCUGAGUGCGCUUAUGAGAUCAACCACUGAUGCAGAACACGCACGCAUGCACGUGCACACACACACACACACUAAACCACUGAUUUCCUUUCGAUACCUGUUAUUUAUUCAUUGUAAAUGGUGGUGAUAUUCAGGUACACACUGUCAUUGUUAAUAUUUUCAUGCAUUUACUUUAACUCUACAGCCUUAUUUAUUUCACACUAUGUAUCUCUUCAUUUUGUUCUUUUUAUGUUAAGAAUAUUUAUAUAAUUUUGCCUUAUUGUUAUUAGUAUUGUUAUCAUUAUUAUUAUUAUAUGUGUAUUUUUAUCAGUGUAUGAUGUGCACAUAUGUAUCUAUGCCCUAAGUUAGUCCAUAUUGCCGAGUUGAUCUCGCUCUGGUCUUUAGGAGUUUGUCUGCUGGUUUACUUUUUAAAACAAACCAAACAAGAACAAAAGCACUGUGUGACCAACAUGUCUUUUAGAAGGAUUUCUAAUUGUUAUUAUGUUACUUGUCAUUGUUUUUCAUGUUCAUUGCCAUGGUUUAUUUGUUGUGUUUUUUUUCUGAUAUGAUUCAUAGUUGAUGACCCUCAACUACAUCAGUGAAUACAGAAAACGACUAAUUUGGGCAUACUUACCUUCCAAGAAACUCAAUAUCCUAUGGUCCUGUGGGGUUUGCAGAAUUGCAUGAUGGGUAAUGCUCCUGUAUUGCCCCUGUUCUGACGGGUAUCUACCUUGACCUACCUCCUGGUGCUUGUUUGUCUCUGCUGACUGUCUGUAUUUAUUAUUUUGAUACAUCCUCCUGUCAAAGAGGACUUUCCCUUUACAAAGAGGACUUUUAUUUUACUUUACGGACUGGCAUCACCGUUCUUUAUCUGACCAUGAACGCAUUAUGACCACAAAGAACAAAUUGUUGUCGUUUGACUGUGUGGUUUGACCAUGUUUGAUUUGUGAUGUGCGUGCUCUGUCUACAUGCUGCUGUUGGAGAGAGAGAGAAGGAAAGAGAGAGAGAGAGAUUGAAAGAGAGAGAGGAAGAAAGAGAGAGAAAGAAAGAAAGAGCAAGAAGGAAAAUAGAGAGAGAGAGAGAGAGAGAGAGAGAGAGAGAGAGAGAGAGAGAGAGAGAGAGAAAGAAAGAAAGAAAGAUGGCAUUUUUUUUCCAAAGUGACCGACUGCUCACUCAUGUGUAUGGACACUUUUGUAAUUAAGUUGUAUUGUAAAAAAAAUAAGGAAAAAAAAGGGGGAAUUUAAUAAAAACAUUUAACCUCAAA